AUGAAUUCACUAUCGACCUUCUCCCCGACGCCCCUUCGGGUGGCAGCGCGACCACAGUCAUACUUCUACUUGUUUGCACGGGCCUACUCAGGCGUCGCAACCACCUCCCUACCAAACUGUUAUCGAGUGAACAAACGCGCCUCGCCAGUCACCUACACCCCCAAACGACUCAUCUCGUCGACGCAGCAGAAGCAGAUCAAAGAAUACUUCCCACCACCACAAACCCCCGGUGUGAAAGAGGUGGAAUCAGCAUGGGUACAUCCUGUUUACAAUGAUUCGCAGAUGCGCAGCAUCCAGAUUGCCCAUCGGAACGCAACGAAUUGGUCCGACUGGGUAGCCCUGGGCACCGUCCGUGUAUUUCGCUGGGGCAUGGACUUUGUGACGGGAUACAAACACCCCGAACCAGGCGAGACACUACCAGCCAAGUUCGUCAUGACAGAGAGGAAAUGGCUGGCCCGAUUCGUCUUUCUCGAGAGUGUUGCCGGCGUGCCCGGCAUGGUGGGCGGCAUGUUACGACACUUGCGCAGUCUCCGACGAAUGAAGCGCGAUAACGGCUGGAUCGAAACGUUGCUGGAAGAGGCAUUUAACGAGCGCAUGCAUCUAUUGACCUUCCUCAAACUUGCCGAGCCGGGAUGGUUCAUGCGUGUGAUGGUUCUCGGAGCCCAGGGCGUCUUCUUCAACGGAUUCUUCCUGUCCUACCUCAUUUCACCCCGGAUUUGCCACCGGUUUGUGGGAUAUCUCGAGGAAGAGGCGGUUAUUACCUACACCCGGGCCAUCCAGGAACUUGAAGACGGCAAGCUUCCCGAAUGGGAGACUCUUGAGGCACCCGAGAUUGCGGUACAAUACUGGAAGAUGCCGGAGGGCAAGCGCACCAUGAAGGACCUGCUCUUGUACGUCCGUGCCGAUGAGGCCAAGCACCGCGAGGUCAACCAUACUCUCAGCAACUUGAUCCAAUCGACCGAUCCCAAUCCCUAUCAGACCAAGUACCGGGAUCCGACCAAGGAACACCCGAGUAAAGGGAUGGAAAAUUUGAAGGGAAGUGGAUGGGAGAGGAAGGACAUAUUUUAA